AUGUCAAAGUGGAGUGGAGACUACAUUCUACUGAGUUUGGAACGAGUGGUUAGACAAACUACCAAAGUGCAGACUCGUGAGACAGAAGAGCUUGAAGAAUUUCAUGAUGCACAGGAGAUAUUGUCUGCAGGAACGGGUGGUGCCAAUAAUGUGAAAGACACACCUCCAAAAGACGAUGCUGGAAUAGACACACCUAUAACCAAAUUCAAUAUAACGGCAAUGACAAUAUUUACAACCGUCACCUUCGCAGCAGCCUUUCAAGUUCCUGGUGGAUACGAGAACACGGGCUUGGCAGUUUUGCGCAAAAGCAAACACUUUCGAACCUUUCUGAUGUUUGAUUGUUUGGCCUUUGGUACCUCAGCUGCGGUAAUGUGCAUCCACAUUGCGUUUACAGUUUUUCCAAAAAUAAAAUAUCCUCGCCUCACCCAGUACGCAGAAAUGCUACAAGUACCGUUAGUUGAAUUCUCCAUUUUUUGGAUGAUCGUAGCCUUUUAUGGGGGCGUACAAGCAGUCUUGGAAGAGGAUGACCCUUCAAACCUUGCUCAUUGGGUUACGGUUUAUUUAGUGAUUUCCAUUCUAAUCCCCUUACUUCUGAUUUUUUGUUGUACAAUGUAUGCGGUUAAGUUUUAG